CUUAUGUACCAUAUGCGCCUAUACUGUCAUUUUACGAUUAUAAUAAGCCCGUAUUCAUUGAGACAGAUGCCAGUUUUAAAGGUAUUAGUGCAACACUUACACAGCCACGAGAAGAUGGAGUUACGUAUUACAAUAUCCUCUUACGUAUUACUUUAGAAAACUGCCAAAAAGAGAAAAAAAACGAAUUGAUAUAAUUCAUUUAGAAUGCAAAGCGAUUGAAGACGUAAUCAAGUUUUGGCAAUAUUAUUUAAUAGGAAGCCACUUUACGGUGUGCACUGAUCAUAAGCCGUUGGAAAACUUAAGUAUCUAGGCCAGAUCAGAUGAAAUCCUUUCAGACCUAAUUCAUUAAUUGUCGCAAUUCAAUUUCAUUAUCAUUUAUAAAAAAAGGAAAAUAAAAUAUCCCAGCCGACUUAUUCGCAAGAAAUCCGGUUUUAGAAUAUUUUGAAAGUGAAGAUGCUGUUGUGAACUUAAUCGAUUUAUAUUAGAUUUUAAAAGAACAAGCUGAAAAUCACGUUUUCCAAAUAGCAAAACGGAUUGACUACAAGCAAGGGAUAUUACUGAGAAUAUUUGUUUCUCCAAAAUUAGGAAACAAAAUCAUUCAUCUAAUUCAUGAGCAUUAGGGUCACAAUGAUCCUGCUCAGAUAAUCGCCACAAUUAGGUCGCAUUAGUAUUUCGACGGUCUAAAAGUUAACUGAUUUUUGUUAGGAAGAAGAUAUGUCGCAGUCGAGCUAUCUUUCAAAUAAAUAAGAAGUGUGUAGAUAGGAAUCGAUGCUAUUAAAAUUUUAACGUUGGAGAUUUCGUGUAUAUCGAAAAUUGUAACAAAAUUAAUCACAACAAACUUGAACCCAUACGAAUCGGACCAUUUUCAAUAGUCCGCCUGAUUUCACCAAUGUUUUAUUUAGUUGCGAAUGAAAAAAGAAUGAAUAUAUCCAACAUCGUCCAUUCCAGUUAACUCCUUCCUUAUUCUCCGAAUGAAUCAUCUUCAGGAGGGAAGAUGUAAGACGCUUACUUCUGACUCUCGUUGUUCCCGUUCCUUUUCCGCUGAACAUCUCUUCCUCCAAUACCACAGCGCAGUGCCUGCACCGGCGAUUGCAAUGGUGGCAAAAAUAAUCUUUCUGUUAAUCAUUUUGUAUAUUUUACAAGCAAAGAUAAAAGAAGAAGUGAAUAUUUUCUAUAUAUAAUCUAUGGAAACGUAAAAGCACUUUGACAACAAUCAAAUUAAAAAUAUUAAAAAUACAAUAAAAAAUAACAUAAAUCA